AUGACUAAGGGAACAGGGAGUUUCGGUAAGAGGAGGAACAAGUCACACACGCUUUGUGUGAGGUGUGGUCGCCGGAGUUUGCACAUCCAGAAGAGUCGUUGCUCGUCUUAUAACUGGAGCGUGAAGGCGAUCAGAAGAAAGACAACAGGAACUGGUAGGAUGAGGUACCUACGCAAUGUUCCUCGCAGGUUUAAGACUGGCUUUAGAGAAGGCACACAAGCUACCCCAAGAAAUAAGGCUGCAGCUGCUUCUUCCUAG